AUGGAAGUUCUUGCCAUCGACUACGGCAGCCCGCAACUGUUCACUCUCGCAAAUGUCACCAUUGUCCCAGUUACAGUAUCACCGGUGCGAGGAUUGCGUGUGAAUGUCGCUACUGAAGAGUAUCAGAUUUUUGAGUGGGAAUCACCUUCAUACGGUCAUCCAGAAAAGUAUCGGCUGACUAUUGCUAGAGGCGAGAACAACUGUCAACCGGAAAAGACUGUGGACAGCUAUGGAGGACUGGAUUGGAGGGAAGCGCUCUUUCUUAGUCCAUAUAACACAGAAAGCGACAAGCAGAAAGUGGAGCGAGCCUGUGAGUGGAACAAACAACUGGGCAGAGCUGUAUGGGCUCGCCAAAAAGAGAAGGACAAAUGCAAACCACAGGCGUCUGUCCUGACUCAUCUGGGCAUGCUCGGUACUUUUGCCCUUAAUGCGAACGGAGUUUCGACCAUUCAUACUGUAGCCAGAUUCAUUCGCGAUCUGCUCACCGUGCCUGCAUUUUCGACCGACCCUACCAUCACUGCUCAUUUCGAUCAGAAAAUUGCCGAACAAGCGGCUCUCGUCAUCGACUCUGUUCUCCAGAUUGACUUCGACUCACUUCAGGGGAAUACCACAUUGGCAAAGGUUAUACAUCAUUGA